GGAGGGGCGAGGAAGGCCUUGCAGUUCCGUGUGACCUACGGUGACGGAGAGGAAGUCCCCCGGCAAGUGUGAGUGUGAGGGAGCGCGACCACAAGGAAGUAUUCAGUAAAGGGGCGUGGCAGUUUCACACGCCGUUUCAGUCGCUGCUCCCAACUUGAAAAAGGUUUGGUUUCGUUAGGACGCCACGAAGAUUCUGUUGGCGCCAACCAGAACGCCGCUGCCAUCUCAUUCAAGUGAAAUAUUGUUUUUUCUUUUAAAUACCUGCCGAUCAUCUUGUUGAGGAAAUAGGACAAGGAAACACGACAAGAAGAGAAGAUAAAAGGAAGAAGCUAAGACAUGCCGGACUCACCUGACGCGUGCGUGAUGGUGGACGAGGACGAGGACACGCCACUGAACACCAUCCCGGGGUCAGGCGAGCCGCAGCACGGCGCCGCGGCGGACGGCGCCAAGUGGGGGCCUCGCUUCUACGACAAGCACCACAGGGUGUUGUCCAUCUGCAGCGUCAUCUGCGGCAUCUCCUGCAUCGGAAUCAAGGCGCUCAUCGCCUCCGUGAAGGCCGAGUGGGAACCCAACGAGGAGACGUCCAGGAAGUUUUCGCGGCGAGCCAGAAAGUUUGCCAUCAUCUCCAUCGUGACGUGGUUGGCCAUCCUGGCCUUGGCGCCGCUCCUGAUGGCGCUCAUCUCCUACUUGGUCACGCUGCAAGACUGAGAUGGACGUCACGGGAAAAGACUUGUACAAACAUGUUUAUAGGCCGAUAUUUAUUUAUUGUCCACCAUGACGACGCUCGGUAUAAAACUACAAGCUGACGACAACUACUUCAUAACAAUUCCACAAUACUGGAGGCAGUAGAAAAGCCAAUAAAUUAGUCGACAUGGCAGUAACGUAAUUAUUGCAUUCUUACUUUAUUAAUAACUGCCUCUAUGUGUUGUGCUUUUAUGGAAAAAAACGAUUUUCAUAACAAAUUCUUAAAAAUAUUUGUGGGAGUCACUUGAAGCACGGUAACAAAACAAACACGCCCACAAGUUCAAUGUUUACAGUUAAGGCCGCCUUGUUCGCACCCUGGUCGCUUAGCAACAGCACAACAACAGUGGCGCGUCGCAACUAGCGUGUAGCGUAAUAAAUAAGAGCUGCCAGUAUACUACAGAGGUAACCAUGACGACCACACUGACAGGAAGAGCGCAGGAGUAAAAUAAAACCCAACACUCCAGAAGGCUUCCAGUGCUGCGAUGCGUUCAGGGAACAUUAGGGGGAGGGGUCAAACAGGUCAACAGUCCACCUGGUCGUGGAUCAGCCACAAGUUGAGCUGGUCCAGCUUGGCGCAGAGAAGCGUGUCGGGGUCCGGCGCCUGGAGGGCGGCGGCGGCGUCGUCUUUGGCGAAGCCGCCUCGCCUGGUGCGUGAGGACGCCGCGGCGCCGCCCGGCUUGCCUACGCCCACCGGCGGCUUCUUUGGCUUCCUGGCCUCACCUACUUCCAGGAACUCCAAGAAGCGCUUGAAGCGUCGCUGGCCGAAGCAGGACUCGGAGCCGUUGCGGCGACUGAGCGGAACCUCGAAGAUUGUCUCCAGCCGGCUAAAGAAGAGACAAAAAUGGACUUUAAUGGAAUGGAAACACUGAAAACUGGAGUUGUCCGAUAAUGGCUUUUUUGCCCGUAUCCGAUAUUAUCCAACUCUUAAUUACCCAUUCCGAUAUAUACAGUCGUGGAAUUAACACAAUAUUAUGCCUAAUUUUUUUGUGAUGCCCCGCUGGAUGCAUUAAACAACGUAACAAGGUUUUCCAAAAUAAAUCAACUCAAGUUAUGGAAAAAAAUGCCAUCAUGACACUGCCAUAUUUAUUAUUGAAGUCACAAAGUGCAUUAUUUUUUUUAACAUGCCUCAAAACAGCAGCUUGGAAUAAGGGACAUGCUCUCCCUGAGAGAGCAUGGGGAGGUAGAGGUGGGCGGAGUUGGUGGUGGCGGGGGGUGUAUAUCAUAGCGUUCCGGAAGAGUUAGUGCUGCAAGGGGUUCUGGGUACUUGUUAUGUUGUGUUUAUGUUGUGUUACAGUGCGGAUGUUUUCCCAAAAUGUGUUUGUCAUUCUCGUUUGGUGUGGGUUCACAGUCUGGCGAAUAUUUGUAACAGUGUUAAAGUUGUUUAUACAGCAACCCUCAGUGUGAGCUGUAUGGCUGUUGACCAAGUAUGCAACCUCAUUUACUUGUGUGUGUGAAAAGCCGUAGAUAUUAUAUGAUUGGGACGGCACGCAAAGGCAGUGCCUUUAAGGUUUAUUGGCGCUCUGUACCGCAUUUUUCGGAGUAUAAGUUGCGCCUGCCAAAAAUGCAUAAUAAAGAAGGGGGAAAACAUAUAUAAGUCGCACUGGAGUAUGAGUCGCAUUUUGGGGGGAAAUUUAUUUGAUAAAAUCCAACACCAAGAAUAAAUAUUUGAAAGGCAAUUUAAAAUAAAUAAAGAAUAGUGAACAACAGGCUGAAUAAGUGUACGUUAUAUGACGCAUAAAUAACCAACUGAGAAGGUGCCUGGUAUUUUAACGUAACUUAUUAUGGUAAGAGUCAUUCAAAUAACUAUAACAUAUAGAACAUGCUAUACGUUUACCAAACAAUCUGUCACUCCUAAUUGCUAAAUCCCAUGAAAUCUUAUACAUCUAGUCUCUUACGUGAAUGAGCUAAAUAAUAUCAUUUGAUAUUUUACGGUAAUGUGUUAAUAAUUUCACACAUAAGUCGCACCCCUGGCCAAACUAUGAAAAAAAACUGCGACUUAUAGUCCGAAAAAUACUGUACUUCUCUCUAUUUCUGUGUACACAGCGGCGUCUUAAAAAGUCAUAAAUUUUACUUUUUGAAACCGAUAAUUUCCAAUUUUACAUUUUAAAGCAUUUAUCAGCCGAUAAUAUCAAAAGUCCGAUAUUAUCGGGCAUCUGUAAUCAAAACAGUUUCUUCAACAUUCACUCCAAUAUCAGCAUAAAAAAUGGAUGAUAUUGACUCGCAUCUAAAAUGUCCUGCAGCCUGUUUCUUGAGCAAAGUUAACAUCUAAAUGUCCUCCAAUAAUCUCACAAUUUCUUCGAUUAAAGUCAAGUCAUUUACCAUAAGCUAAACAUGCUACUAGCAGCUACACAAUAGCUAAGCACACAAGCUAAACCAGGCCAAGUUUUUUCACUGAGGGCCACAAAGUGACAAAUCAAAUGGAUGCAGGGGACAAUUUGCUUCAAAACCAGUACAAAGCUUAAAGUUAAAGUACCAAUGAUUGUCACACACACACACUAGGUGUGGUGAAACUUGUCCUCUGCAUUUGACCCAUCCCCUUUUUCACUCCUUGGGAGGUGAGAGGAGCAGUAGGCAGCAGCGGUGCCACGCCCGGGAAUUAUUUUUGGUGAUGCAAUUUCUGUAAGACAUUUUGUGUGAAUGCUGAAGAGCCAACGCCGAAUUGGAAUGCUAACAGUUAGCACGCUGGUCAAAUAGCGUAAAGUAACAAGAAAUACCAGCAAGAUGGGCAAAAAAAAAAUCUAGCAGGCUUACCGCUAGCAAUAACAUAAUACCAAAAUAUAUGACGCUGUAGCGUAUAUCUGCUAAAUUAGCUAAAAAAUAUUGCAUGCUAAAAUGCUAAGUUUCUCGUGCGUCAAGUACCAAAAUAUACUAUUUUAGGGGUGGUUAAAAUGCUAAAGUUAGCAUGAAACAAGUAUUAAACUAAAACUGCGGUGUAUACCUACAAAAAUAUCUAAAAAAAAGAUAGCAUACUAACAGAUAUUAUUCGUCAAGUAACAAAAUAUUUGACGUUGAUUUGUAUACCUGUAAAAUUUGCAAAAAAGCUAAUAUUGACACACACACACACACACACACACACACACACACACACACACACACACACACACACACACACACACACACACACACAAAAUAGUUUGUAAAUGGAGGAUCAAAUAAUUAUAGUUGCAUCUUACUUAGAGUCUCCCAAUGCAGAAGUGCAUUAGAAAUAAGUAUCCAGUAACAAACGUGUCCGCAUCACUCAACCGACUGCGUCCUCAUUUUAACUUAAUUAAAAGUCAUUAAAAAACAAUUACUACUCCACUUCAACCUUAAAGACAGCAUAAGUCCAUUCCAGACGGUUAAUAAUAAUAAUAAUAAAUAGGUUAAAGUUUUUCUUACCUACAAUUAUUCUCUGUUUGACUCAAUUGAAAGCUUUUCUAACAUUUUUCGCUACAAAACAAAAGUAUGAAUGACUCCUGAUGAUAUCUGAUCAAUAUCAGUAUCAGCCAAUACUCAACGCCCCAAUACCGGCAUUGUAUUGGAAUGGAAAAAGUUGUACUGGGGCACCCUUAUUGACCAGAAAUGUGUAGUAAUAUACCCAUAGUGUAGUCAGCAUCCAUUUUCAAGAUGCAUACAUUUUUUUAUUGCCCUCAGUAAAUUUUUAAAUUAGAAUAGGUGCAUUAAUAUUAAACUAUAAUAGUUAUUACACUAAUUUGCUUUGUCGGCUUGAGCAUAUACUCUUGAGUUUAUGUAUGCUGGCAUGGCUGCUAAACACGAACGUAACUGAGCUCACCUUUCAGGAGGUUUGCAGAAGUUCUUGUUGGUGUAAAUUUCCUCCAAACUAAACUGCUUUUUCUUAAUCCUGGUGUGGUAGCAAAAAUAAAAGGCAGACAAUAAGAAAAGAACGCCGUAGGGUCUGAUGAUGAUGAUGAUGAUUGGGAAAACAUGGACAAGAUGGCCGCAUGAACGCGGGCUUACACACCUGACAGGUUUCGGGAGGCCCAUUGGUGUCAGGUUGUUCUGAGGUUUGGGCAGCGCCUUGCGAAUUCGAAUGCACGACACCUUUCCCCGCUCCUCGUGCUUUUGCCCCACCUGCAAAGAGGAGAUUUAGCGCUCUGACCAAGAUGGCGACAACGACAUUGGUGUAUCCCGGAUGCCAAUCUAUUAGUGGUGGCCACACAAACACUUCAUAAUGCACCUGCUCUGCCAGAGAAUAGGAACAUUUAGCAGCGGGGAUUAAUAGUGUUGCAGACUUAGCAACUUUGUUGCGACACAAGCUGGCACCUCCAUUUUGUGCCAUAAAAAGAACGACUUAAAGAAGUGACAUAAAAAAUGUUAGUUUUUUCCCCAAAUGCCAAUCAAGCAAAGUCUUGCAAAGUUUAUGUCGACAUAACCACAGAGUGGAAAUCAAAACUACACAUUUACUUGUAAUUGUGGCCAUUGUUUGUAUUGUAUCAGUGCAUAUUUAAAAUGUAAUUCUUGUUUGUUAUAUCAUACGCAGUGCAUUUGUAAACUUUUCACAGUGCUUCACUUUUUCCACAUGUAUGUUACAGCCUUAUUCCAAAAUGCAAUCAAUUAAUUUUUGUCCUCAAAAUUCUACACACAAUACCCCAUAAUGGCAAUGUGAAACGUUUUGUUUUUAAAUUUUGCAAAUGUAUCAAAAAUUAUAAACAAAAACAAAAUGCCAUGCACAUACAGUACAGGCCAAAAGUUUGGACACACCUUCUUGCUCAAAGUGUUGAAUGAGCUUCAAGAGGUAGUCACCAGAAAUGGUUUUCACUUCACAUGUGUGCUUGAAGCUCAUCAUGAGAAUGCUGAGAGUGUGCAAAGCAGUAAUCAGAGCAAAUGGUGGCUAUUUUGAAGAAACUGGAAUAUAAAACAUGUUUUCAGUUAUUUCACCUUUUUUGUUAAGUACAUAACUACACAUGUGUUCAUUCAUAAAUGUGAUGCCUUCAGUGACAAUCUACAAUGUAAAUAGUCAUGAAAAUAAAGAAAAUGCAUUGAAUGAGGAGAAGGUGUGUCCAAACAUUUGGCCUGUACUGUAAGUAUUCAGAGCAUUGGCUCAAUUGCUUGGAUUGACAUGACAUCACCUCCAGCUCAUUAAACAUGUAUGGUGGUCAAGCCAGCUGUUCUCAAUGGGUACUAGAGCCAAUUAGCCUAAAAAAUAAAGCCCCAUUCUUGCGUUUUUUUCAGCCGUACAAACCGUUUAAAUAGCGAAAAGGAUUAACAAGAGUUUCUCGAGAGGUCAUCAAGAAGGGUGGAAAGAGUGCAAGAUUAUACAAAAAACGACAAGUAAAAAGAACGCACAAGAUUGCAGUGACCACUUCUUUAAAGGUUUGUUUGAUAUAUUUUUAAUAUACUUUACUCUUUAUAUACUGUAUUCCCCAUUGAAGUAUUAUCUUUAUAUUGUUUUUAUUUACUUUUUUAACGAACAGAAGCCAGAAAGUCAAGGUCAAUGAUACUUUGUCAGGAAAGGUACUUCUACAUUUCCCCUCUUGUUUAUUUUGUACCCAAAUGUCAGAGUAUAUAUAUAACAGGACAAAAAUCAAAUAUGGUGAUGAUUCAGUAAUUGUUAACUUGUUGAGAGGAUGUAUGCCGUCACGGGUGUCAGAUGUUGGGUGCUAUAUUGUCAGUUUUUAAAAUCUUUUUAACCUGUGUGAGGAUUAUUAUUACAUUUUCAUCCAAACGAGAAGAUAUAAACAUCCCAUCAGUUGGCAUCCCAGUGAGAGCCGACAUUGUACAGUAAGUGAUUGUUUUAUUACGUUUCUAGCACUUAGCAUUACUGCUACUGCUACUUAUUGGAUCUACUUAUCCCUCAGCUUCUAAAACCUGUAGCUCAACCUCCAUAUACCGUAUUUCCUUGAAUUGCCGCAGGGCAUAUAGUAUGUGCCUGCCCUGAAUUACUGCCGGGUCAAACUCGCUUCGCAAAAUAAUUAGCGCAUGCUUAGUAUUACCGCCUGGUCAGACUAGUGACGUCACGAGUGACAUUUCCCCUGUCAUUAUUUUCAAAAUGGAGGAGGCUGAUUUUAAUACUGGUAAUUUGAAAUCGCAUAAAGGGAAGAAGCUUAAGAGCUAUUCAGUAGGAUUUAAGGUCCAAGCUUACAUCACACUCAAAUUUUUACUGCAUGCCUUUGGUAAGGGCCGGAAAGAGAAGAGGUUUUAAAAUAAUUAGCGCAUGCUUACUUUUACCGCAUGCCUUUGAUAAGCGCAGGAGUGAGGAGCUGUUUUAAGGGAAUACGGUAUUCAGGCUUAAAAAUAUGAAAUUCUGGAUUAUCAUCUGACCCAUAGUAGUCUUCUCUCAUGAAGUCUGCCAUAAUUAGUAGUCGUCGUGGAAGGAAAUAGCCAAAUUGUGAUUAGUCUCUGAAAUGAAUGCACUGCCGAAUGCUUGAAAUGAGCAAUAUACGGAAACAUUACACGUGACCCCGAACGGGACAAGCAGUAGAAAAUGGAUGGAUGGAUUAUGAACGUGCCUGUUACUACAUAACAUAGUUACUUAGAGCAAGUAUAUACUGUAUUUUUCAAGUGUGACCAGUAGAUGGCGGUCAUAAAUAAGAGAUACGUGUGGAUUGCAGGCUGACGGCUGUUUAAUGAAUAACGCUAACAAGAAUCGGUAAGCAAGCAAGACAUGUCGAACUAUCUCUUGCUUUAGAUAUUCUGCACGACAAAACCGAUGAAAACUUAGAAAAAGACUGAGGUCUACAACUUCUUUGUGUGUGGCAGGGUCAAGGACAUUGGUAUCAAGACUCUCUCGAAUAAAUAUGCACCGUAUUUGCUCGGGUAAGGAGGAUGCAUUUUAUGAUUUAACUUCGUAUCUGCAUCUUUAUCAAAAUAUAUCCAUAGACCAAAGUAAUGAAAGCUUAAUUUAUAAUUGCUGCCUUUGGUAAAAGCUUAAAACUCUUUUAGUUUUUGCUAACAUUGGCUUUCUUUUAUUUUGACCCGCCGGGUUGGUGCUUUUCGAAAAACAACGUGUUUAAGAAAUACAAAUAAUAUCAAGAUAAUACUUAAAUGGGAAAUAAUAAAUGUUAUAAAUAAAUGUUGCACUCUUCCACCCUUCUUGAUUACCUUUCCAGCAACUCUGAAGAAACAUUUAUCCUUUUCGCAAUUAAAAUGGUUCGUACAGCCGAAAACAACACAAAUAUAGAGCAUUUUUGUUUGAGAAAGUCCAAAUGCUCCCUAACACCCCUUGAGAACAGACACUGGCUUGACCCCCACCAGUAUUUAAUGAGCUGGACAGAGACAGGGCUGCUGAGCGCCGGGACGGACAAGCUUUACAGUGUCUUGGCUGAAUGAGCAGGUAUCAACACCGUCCUUGGACGUAUCCUUGCUCAUCCAUGCGGACUUGACACUGGCCGAGAGUUGGUGGGCGGCCGAGGGUGGAGUCGGCUCUCUUGGUUGCUUUGUUGGGUCUGCUCCUGUCUCUGGCCAUUCAACCCCCACUCCAGCAGACGAUGGCGUGGAACACCGCAGAGACCGAAACAGUGUAUAUGCAAUUUUUUUGUUGUUGUUUUACUUUUGUGGAUGUGUGUAGAAGUGUUGGUUGCGUCAGCUCUGCUCUUUUAUUGUCUUUAAUGACAUUUGAUGUACCCCUCUUACAGACAUGUUUGUGUGUGCUAUGGCUAUGAUUUUUUUCCCUUUUCCUCUACAGGGGCCCAUACUUAGUCUGAAUUUUUCUCCCACCCCAAACGUUUAGCUGUUUCUAACCUUUUUUGUAAGGGGCGCCGGAAGCUGGGAGACCUGUCAGUGAUCGUAUUCCGUCUCCCUGUAAUGUUUGUCUGCUCUUGAAUGGGAUUGUGCUGAAAAUCAAAAUUUCCCCUUGGGGAUUAUUAAAGUAUUUCUGAUUCUGA